AUGCAAAAAAUCACUAGUCAUUUCGAUGAAAGGUCAUUACUGAUUGAUGAAAGCCAGUUUAGGUUACAGCUAGGGGUUAGGAAGAAAUCUUUCUUUCGCGAUCACAGAAAAGCAGCUUUAGUGAUAGUUAUUAUAUUGACUAUCGGUGUUAUUACUGCAGCUCUUGUUCUUGGUCUUACUCUUGGUAACCAUAGUGUCAUUGCUGUUACACAUGAAUCAACAACCACUUCUCCAAUAACAUCCCAUCCACCGGCUAUAACGAAUAGCUCGACGAGUGCUACUUCCAUAAGCAAAAUUCCAGCAACAACAUCAGCUACGCAAUCCACUAUAACGCCUAGCUCUACUAUUGAAACAGUCAAGCCUACGAAAGAAAAGCCAACGCUAUCCUUGACAUCGGAAAUACCUACAAAAAUAACCAGUACAACUCAUGAAAUAGCGAGUAAAACUCCUUCUAGUACCUAUUCGACUACGAUCCACGUUACUUUAGCAACAACAGCUCGUCCACCGACGACGAAAACAGAGCCAGCCACUUCUGUAGCGAGUACGAGUACUACGGCAAAAUCGACAGUCUCCACUACAGUAAAAACGGAACCAACAACCCAUGUGGAAACUGCAACACCUGAUCACACAACUCAAGAAACAACGUGGAUUACUACAGAGCCAAUAACUCAAGUAGAAACGAAAGAACCUACAAGUACAUCUGAAAAGCCAACAGCAAUAACUACUGUACAAACACAGCCAAUAACUCAUGUGGAAACGACAACAUCCAUUUCUACAACUGCAGCACCAACACAAGUAUCUACAGAACCGACGGUAGAAACUACGGCAAAAACAGAGCCAGCAACUACCACUAGUACAACUGAGAAGCCAACGCAAAUAACUACAGAACUGACGGUAGAAACUACAGCCAAAACGGAGCCAACAACUCCAACCAAAGCAACUACCACUAACAUAACUGAAAAGCCAACGCAAACAACUACAGAACCGACGGUGGUAACUAUGGCAAAAACGGAGCCAACAACUCUUAUCGUAACCAAAGCAACUACUCCUAGUACAACUAAAAAGCCAACGCAAAUAACUACAGAACCGACGGUAGAAACUAUGGCAAAAACGGAGCCAACAACUCUUAUCGUAACCAAAGCAACUACUCCUAGUACAACUGAAAAGCCAACACCAAUGACGACGGCAAAAACAGAGCCAACAACGCAUACAACAACUAAAGCAACUAUUACUAGUUCCACUGAGAAACCAACACAAAUAACGACAGUAAAGACAGAGCCAACAACUCAUAUAACAACUAAAGCAACUACUAUUAGUACCACUGAGAAACCAACGCAAAUAACUACCGUAGUAACGGAGCCAACAAUCACAGCAACUACUAGUUCCACUGAGAAACCAACACAAAUAACGACAGUAAAGACAGAGCCAACAACUCGUAUAACAACUAAAGCAACUACAAUUAGUACCACUGAGAAACCAACGCAAAUAACUACCGUAGUAACGGAGCCAACAAUCACAGCAACUACUAGUUCCACUGAGAAACCAACGCAAAUAAUCACUGUACAAACGGAGCCAAUAACCACAGCAACUACUAGUAGUACAACUGUAAAACCAACGCAAAUAACCACCGUAAAAACAAGGCCAACCACUCAUGUCGAAACGAAAGCAACUAUACCUACUAGUACAACUCAACAACCAACGCCGAUAACUACAGUAAAAGCAGAGCUAACCACUCAUGCAGAACCGAAAGCAACUACUAGCACAACUCGCGCUACAAUCGAAAUGGAAUCCACUACUCCUGUCAAAACUGAAGCAAUAACUAGUACACAAUCAAUUAGCACCCAUGCAAUAACAACUAUUCCAUCAACGACAGUAAAGACAGAGCCAACGCAUGCAGAAAUUCAAACUUCAGCAUCAUCGUCUUCCGUUUCAUCCAGUCUAAAAGCAACGGAAUCAACCACCAAAAGCGAAAUAAAUCACACUAAUACAGCUAAUCAAACUCCAACAAGCUUACAGGUAACAAAAACCACAUCUGCAAAGCCUAGUUAA